GCCGGCUCAAUAUUCAGACUACUUGGUUUUCGGGAUGGGAAAGAAAAGGAAAUUAGAUGCAUCCGAGGAACACGAUGUGGAGUUUGAUCUUCCGUCAAAGCAUAUGAACAUCAGUCAGAUCAAAGCGAACGAAAAACGCUUAGUUAUAAUCUUAGAAGGAGCCCAGCUGGAAACGGUGAAGGUAGGACAAGCCUUUGAGCUACUGAACUGCGAUGACCACCUGAAUAUAUUGAGAAAGAACAAACGUGAUCCGGGCAGCUGUCGACCGGAUAUCACCCAUCAGUCGCUGCUCAUGCUGACCGAUUCCCCGUUGAACAGGGCUGGACUUUUGCAGGUGUUUGUGAAAACCGAACGCAAUGUCCUGAUCGAAAUCGACCCGCAAACAAGGAUUCCUCGUACAUUCAAAAGAUUUGCCGGGCUAAUGGUUCAACUUCUACACAAAUUCAACAUUAAAGCGGCAGACUCACAGAAGAAACUGAUGAGAGUUAUAAAAAACCCGGUCAGCAAUCACCUGCCAGUAGGUUGCCGCAAAAUAGCCAUGUCAUUCAGUGCGAAAAAAGUCUCCAACCCCAAGGAGCUCGUUCCGGAAAAGAGUGAACCUGUCGCGCUGGUGAUUGGGGCAUUUGCGCACGGUAACCUGAACUUAGACUACACGGAAGAUGUAGUCUCGAUCAGUAAUUAUCCGCUGUCCGCCGCGCUCACGUGCACGAAACUUUGUUCCGCCUUCGAGGAAGUGUGGGGAAUUGUGUGA